AAACAAAAUAGAGGGUAACAGAGAUCAUGUAAAUGACCAAUUUUUGUUAGAAAAAUGAGUAUCCAUCUUGUUACCACCAUAGUCUUUACUUUGUCUAUGUCAUUUCUUGUAGUACUACUAGGAAUCUUCAUCAAUGACCAAUUCAGGAAGAUUGUUAUCUAUGAAGAUUUCUAUUUGCCUCAUCAACACACUACAACAUUCUCACCAAUCUACAAUCUUUCCAUCUCCACACAUCUUGUUUGUAACUCUUCAUCUAAUUCUAGUUCCAAUAGGAGCAUGGAGUUGAAAGACUGGCUCUCUCCCAAGGGUCUUUGGCACUCGAUGAAUGACGAAGAACUUAUGUGGAGAGCUUCAAUGGUACCACAAAUCGAGAAGUAUCCGUUUACUCGAAUUCCAAGAGUGGCAUUCUUGUUCUUAACAAGGGGAAGAUUGCCAUUGGCACCUCUUUGGCAGUUGUUCUUUAAAGGACAUGAAGGGUUGUUCUCAAUAUACCUCCAUACCUCACCAGAUUUCAAUUCUGAACCUCCUCCAUCAUCUGUGUUUUAUAAGAGGAGGAUACCUAGCCAGGGAGUACAAUGGGGAAGAUCAACCAUGAUUGAUGCAGAGAGACGACUUUUAGCAAAUGCACUUUUAGACAUUUCCAACGAAAGAUUCAUAUUACUCUCCGAAUCAUGCAUUCCUUUGUUCAAUUUCACUACACUUUACACUUUCCUCACAAAUUCCAACCAAAGUUUCCUCGGAUUAUUCGAUGAUCCGAGGAAAAUAGGUCGUGGCAGGUAUAACAAAUGUAUGUAUCCUACCAUAACACUUUCGGAUUGGCGAAAGGGCUCUCAAUGGUUCGAAGUUCAUCGCGAACUUGCACUAAAAAUCAUUUCCGACGUAACAUAUUACCCUAUUUUUAAGAACCAUUGUGCACCACCUUGUUAUAUGGACGAACAUUACUUGCCUACGUUAGUGAACAAAGUUUGUCCAAAAUUAACAUCGAAUUGGAGUGUUACGUGGGCCGAUUGGUCUGCUGGAGGCUCGCACCCGACGACGUUUUUGAAGAAAGAUGUGACAGAGGAGUUUUUGAAGAGUGUUAGGAGUGAAUUUAAUUGUAGUUAUAAUGGAAAAUUGAGCUCAAUUUGUUUUCUGUUUGGGAGGAAGUUUCAUCCUAGUACUUUGCAACCUUUGCUUAGGAUUGCCCCAAAGUUGAUUGGUUUUGGUUGACUUUGUCUUUCUUCCUUUUUUUUCAAGAGGGAAAUAUCUGGCAAUGACAUGAUCGCGUAAAAUAAUUUCCGUUCU